GAUUGCAAUGCACUUCUCAGUCACAGACUCACAGUUCAAGUCAUGACUCAAUGAGUGAAUAAUCGAUGCUUUGAUUGUUGUUUGACUCGUGAGUGGAUGACUGAGUGGUGACUGAUUAGCCAUCACUUGAAUGCAAUCCAUCGGCCAUUCAUUGACUCAACGCAUUGUCUCACUGUUUGACCACUUAUUUCAACACAUCUAUCACCACAUGGAGACCAACACUUGCAAUACGUCUAGUGUAUUGUCCGAAGAGAACGGGUCCACAGAAGUGACGCAAAGACAGAGCAAUAGAGGACCCAAACGACGACAUAAUGGCGUCACAAGUGUUGGUCGCAAACGACGCAACACUUCACCCAAUAAUGAGUGCAACCAUUCAUUAGCAGACAAUACGACAAACAGUGGCAGUAAUGACAGCAGCAAUGAGUCGACACUCUCGAUGCCAGUCUUGGAUGUGGGCUCUCAUGUGACCAUUGGUUCACUCAAUGAAAGCAACGAACAAACGGAUCAAUUGAAUGAUACAAAUGAGAGUCAAACGAGUGGUGAUAUGAUUAUAGCCAAUGAAAGCAAUGUUUGCAUUGAUUUGACUGAAGAGGACUCAGUGGUGGACGAGAAUAACGUUGACUCGGAUUCAGAGGUCCAAUGCAUUAGUUCUGUGAUCAGAGAUCAGGAUUUGUGUAUAAUUCGCGACAAUAGGCGCCAAAACCGUCGCAAUCAUCGGACGGAUAGCUCGCGAUCUCCGGUUAAACCGAAGCAACCAAACGAUGAUAUCAUUGAAAUCAAAGACUCGCAACCCAUACAAAGUCCAACUCAGACUCAGACUCAGACCAGCUCUCCGUCAUUGAGUCCAUCGAAGAGAAGCGUCCGAAAGAGUAUUAAAUGUCCCGUUUGUCUGGACGAGAGCACUGUUUUUGAAGUGUCGGGACGACAGUUAGUAUCAACGGUUUGCGGUCAUCUAUUUUGUGAUCGUUGUAUAUCAGAAGUGAUUCGGACGUCCAAAGCGUGUCCCAGUUGCAAUGAAUUACCGGUUAAAUCAAAUCGUUUUGAAAUGAAGUCGGAAUGUAUGCGAGAACUGAAUUAUCAAAUCAAUUCAGAAUUGUAUGCGAGUCUCGUUUACAUGAAUAUGGGUGCCUAUUUUGAUGGCAAUAAAGUGGCGCGAAAGGGGUUCUCAAAGUUCUUCUCGGAUCAGUCCCGGGAGGAAAAGGAGCAUGCUCAUAAACUCAUUGACUACCUUAACAAGAGAGGUGCUAAUGUUAACAUUCUCGAUGUCAAGAUGCCGGUCAAGAAUACAUGGAAUGGUCCCAAACAGGCCCUCGAAGAUGCCAUUCAAUUGGAGAAUGAAAUCAAUGAUUAUAUCCAUAAAAUACACGGAAUCGCUGAACACACAUGCCUUGACCCACACUUAAUGGAUUUCCUUGAGAGCGAGUAUUUGGAGGAACAAAUGACUUCAAUAAACCAAUUGACAAGACUUCACACAAUACUGAGCCAAAUGCAAAGCGGUGUCGGAGAGUAUCUGUUGGACAGACAACUUCUUGAGGGCAAAGUGGAGCCAAAAGAUCUUUAAAUAUUUCAAAUACUCAAUAAUUUGAAACUCAUUUUCAUUGAAAUUCUGAAUCAAAUGUGUUGACAAAUAUGUAACAAAAUAUUUUUAUUAAACUUAUAUAAAUUUAUAACAAUCU